GCAGGGGUGGCCGAGCAGCAAAGCCUGGAAUCCCCUGAGCAAGCAGUGUUUCAGCUGGCUGGACAGAUCAGAUGACACUCGGGCUGGUUCACAAAGGACACGCACAUGGGGAGGUGUUGGAAGCUGGAGUGGAAAUUUACCCAGUGUUAUUUCUCUGACAGGAAAGGAGACAUGGUCUGAAGGAUGCCGCGUUCCUGCAGCCUCUGCGAGUCCAGCAGCACCCAGUCCUGCUUGAGGCGGCCUGAAGGCGGGGGCAACGGAGGACGCUGCUCGAGCUGAAGCCCCCGGAGGAUCCUGGCGUGGCCGUGGGGAGUCCCCCGGCUCUGAGGCCUCAGGCGCAGCUCAUUGUGAGGAGCUCCAGGCAGGUGGUGGGUUUCUUGGCUUUCUUGGCCCGUGCUUGGAAGCCUGGUUUGGGUCGCAGAAGCAAGGGGACCGGAGGAAGUAGAUGGAAGCCCCCGGAAGCCUCCAGAAGCCAUUGCUUGGGAUCUCCUCCUCCUGCUCAGGACGGAGAGUGGCACCCGAGCUGCCAGAGGCUGUGUUGAGCUGAGUCUGGACCUUCAUGAGCUCAGGAGUGCGGCCUGCCGAGACCCUGCAUGGCCACCCGAAGGAGCAGCUGCCCACGCGGGACGCUGGGAGGACAGCGUCUGCAUCUCUUACCUUGAGGUUCGUCGUGGUAGAAAACUUGACCUUCCUGUAGAUCGUGAGACUGUUUUUUCUUUCCAAGAUGCUGCAUUUGAAAGAAACAUGAGCCAUCCUGGGCUUCGGGGGGGCACAGCCCGCCCAGCGCAGGUGAGGGGGCUGGUCUGAGCCUUCGCUCUCCGCAGCUCAACAGGCAUGGACGCAUGCCGCUCUUGUCCCCAGGGAGCCAGCAGCUAUGACACCGUCAUGAGAGAAAACAGCCCUCGGCUCUGGGACUUGACAGAAUGAGGAGUGCUAGGGAGGCCGCGCCCUGGGACUUGGCUACUGCCGACCACCCCUUCCUCGCACGGGCAGCCCCUGACCACUGAGUGACCAUGGCUGAGAAGGGGGACUGCAUUGCCAGUGUCUACGGGUAUGACCUCGGUGGCCGCUUUGUUGAUUUCCAACCCCUGGGCUUUGGCGUCAACGGGCUGGUGCUGUCGGCCGUGGACAGCAGGGCCCGCCGGAAGGUGGCCGUGAAGAAGAUCAUCCUGAGUGAUGCCCGCAGCAUGAAGCACGCGCUCCGAGAGAUCAAGAUCAUCCGGCGCCUGGACCACGACAACAUCGUGAAGGUGUACGAGGUGCUGGGACCCCAGGGUGCGGACCUGCAGGGUGAGCUGUUCAAGCUCAGUGUGGCCUACAUCGUCCAGGAGUACAUGGAGACCGACCUGGCACGGCUACUGGAGCAGGGCACGCUGACAGAGGAGCAUGCCAAGCUGUUCAUGUACCAGCUGCUCCGCGGCCUCAAGUACAUCCACUCGGCCAAUGUGUUGCACAGGGACCUGAAGCCCGCCAACAUCUUCAUCAGCACAGAGGAUCUUGUGCUCAAGAUUGGGGAUUUCGGGUUGGCUCGCAUCGUUGACCAGCAUUAUUCACACAAGGGUUAUCUGUCGGAAGGGCUGGUAACUAAGUGGUACCGCUCACCCCGCCUGCUCCUGUCCCCUAACAACUACACCAAAGCCAUCGACAUGUGGGCCGCCGGCUGCAUCCUGGCCGAGAUGCUCACGGGCAGAAUGCUCUUUGCUGGGGCUCACGAGCUGGAGCAGAUGCAGCUGAUCCUAGAGACCAUCCCUGUGAUCCGGGAGGAGGACAAAGACGAGCUGCUCAGGGUGAUGCCGUCCUUCAUCAGCAGCACCUGGGAAGUGAAACGGCCACUGCGCAAGCUGCUCCCCGAAGUGAACAGUGAAGCCAUAGACUUUCUAGAGAAGAUCCUGACCUUCAACCCCAUGGAUCGCCUAACAGCAGAGAUGGGGCUGCAGCAUCCCUACAUGAGCCCAUACUCGUGCCCUGAGGAUGAGCCCACCUCGCAGCACCCCUUCCGCAUUGAAGAUGAGAUCGAUGACAUCCUGCUGAUGGCCGCCAACCAGAGCCAGCUCUCCAACUGGGACAGGUACCCCGUGAGCCUGUCAUCCGACCUGGACUGGCGGCCGGACCGCUGCCAGGACGCCAGCGAGGUGCAGCGCGACCCCCGCGCGGGCUCGGCUGCGCUGGCGGAGGACGUGCAGGUGGACCCGCGCAAGGACUCGCAGGGCAGCUCCGAGCGCUUCCUGGAGCGCUCGCCCUCGUCCAUGGAGCGCGCCUUCGAGGCCGACUGCGGGCGCUCCUGCGACUACAAGGUGGGCUCGCCCUCCUACCUGGACAAGCUGCUGUGGCGCGACAGCAAGCCACACCACUACUCGGAGCCCAAGCUCAUCCUGGACCUGUCGCACUGGAAGCAGGCGGCCGGGCCGCCCCCCAGCGCCAGGGUGGCCGCGGACCCUGGGCCGCGCGAGGACGAGCCGGCCAGCCUCUUCCUGGAGAUCGCGCAGUGGGUGCAGAGCACGCGGGGCGGCCCCGAGCCUGCCAGCCCGCCCCCCGGCAGCCCCGAGCGCCGCCCCGCGGCCUCCCCGCCCAGCCGCGCAGCCCCGGUGGACGGCGCCAGCCCCCAGUUCGACCUGGACGUGUUCAUCUCCCGCGCCCUGAAGCUCUGCACCAAGCCGGAGGACCUGCCGGACAGCAAGCUGGGUGACCUGAACGGCGCGUGCAUCCCCGAGCACCCCGGCGACCUGGUGCAGACCGAGGCCUUCUCCAAAGAAAGGUGGUGAGGGAGAGGGGGAGCUGUGGCCCGGGGAGGCCCCGGGGAAAGCUGGGCCUGGCAGGAAGGGCCCCCACCCCCCACCCCCGCCCCGGCACCUCCACCACCCCUUCCACCCCUCUCUGCUUGCUGCCUUGGGGUUAGCAGAACACAGGAAGGAUCCGAGGAGAGAGAAGAAGUUCCAUUUCUUAAACUGCCUUAAUAAUUAGCCUUUAACCUCUGGGAGCAGGUUUGGACAGGAGCCUAGUUUGGGGGUUGAUCACUUUGCCAGAGAAGAGGGGGCCCUUGGGUUUUAUAAGCGGCAGCCUGUGGGGAAGAACAGUGUCUUAGACAGCAGCCUGCCAGCCCUACCCCCUGGCCGGGUGCAGGUGGGUCUUGCUGACCCAGUGUCGAAGCCAUCUGGUCUGAGCAGCCCCCCCCCCCCCCCCCAGCAGAAGGACAGUGAGGCCAAGACGAGCCAAGUAAUGUACUUACCCUCAGGCGAACCCUGUAGCCCCAGCUCACAGGCCAGUGUCUGUCUGCUCUAAAAUGUCUUCCUCUGCUGGGCUCACUGUGGCUUUCCAGUCCAAGAAAAUUUGGUCCAAGAUGUUUCUUCCCUGCCCAUUACCAUCUGAGCUGUUCCAUCUUUUAUUCAGAGCAAAGUUUCUUGUAUUCCAAAAUGGGAUAGGAAGCCAGUUUUACCCUCGAGGCCAACCAUCUAUUUUCUGGUUCCUUAAGUGCUUAAAUAUUCCCCUCCCCAGCACCCUUGUAUUUGCUUCACCCCCAUGUGGUCUGAAAACCCUGUUUCAAGUCAGACCGGUUUGGGGGGCUGUGGGUACAAGAACUCCUCUUCCGGACCUGUGCACACACCUCCUCCAGAACUCCUUAUGCACUUUCCUGACACAUGCACGGAUGCAGGCUUUCAGCCCCAGUUCCCCCAGGGGAUGCCCUACACAGCAGUGUUUGAGAACAGCAGUUCUAGUAAUGCCUGCAGCCCCACACCCAGCCACACACACAGAGCCCACCCGCAGACGUGCAGAACUCCUCUCCCAGCCUACCUCGGGAACUAAUGUUCUCGGCGUGAAUUACUCAUUUGGAGUAAGCAGGGCCAUGAGGUGCCUGCCAUGGAGCAAAUGUGUUAGGAGAGAAAAUUUCACACGGGACCAUCAUGCUUCGUUAAUACUUACCUUGACUUUGAUCAUCUGCUUAGCCCUGGCAAAGAGCAGGCCCUGAAGAAAUGCAUUGAAAGCAAGUGGCCUUGCAGGCAAGUAACCCAGAAAGGUAGGAAGAUGCGAAAGGCAGGGUCCUCACGGGUCAAAGACUUCACGGGUCAGGCAGCAGCAUAGAGACCCCAAGACAGAGACCCCAAGACACUGUCAAAGCAGCCAUGCCCCCCUGGCUCAGGCCAAGAUGAGCUCAGAGCAUGCACCCUGGGAGGUAUACUCACACCCAGAGCCUGGGAAGCUGGUGGAUGGCCACGGCAGGCCCUCACGGAAGCAUAGUCCAUCUCUGGAAGGCUGUGCCAGUCCUGCCACUGGUAGUCUGCUCCCCCCUGCACCCCUAGGAUACCUUCGGGAGGUCUAGCCAGUCCAUAAGCAGAGGACUCCCAGCGUUGGCCUUGGGCUGUGCUCACCCACCCUCAACAGCACCUGAAACCUAUCCGCUAACUAGGAGUUGUACAUUGAAACCUGCAAUACGUUAGAAACUUAUAUUUAAAAACAGAAUUAAUCACACUGACCAAUUUUUAAAUGGAAAAUAUGUAAAUACGAAGUGUUUGGAUUUCUUUUUUUCUUUCUUUCUUUCUUUUUUUUUUUUUAAGAAAAGGAAAUAUACACCACUCCUCACAUGCCAUUUGUCCUCAGAGGGCGGCUUUACUUUUUUUGGUAAAGGAACAAGCUGCUGACCUUAACCAGGAAUUCAUAUAUAACUGUUAUUAUAGAGGAAUUGUUAUAACUACUCACGUUUUAAGAAGAUCUAUUAAACUUGAUCAGGACGGGCCAAAUAAAGUUUUAUUGA